UUCAAAAACGAGUCGAUGUGUCUUGACAAGCAGCCGGCAGACCUUCCAGGACGUGUAAUCGAUCGGUGUGGCGGCAGCUCUCGAGGCGAGAUGACUUUGAGUGUGUUAUUGUCGCGAGCUGGACUCGUCAGCAGAGUUGGAUCCAGGUCUAUGUUCACAAGCUCCAAGCCAGACACUGCCAACCCCAACUGGUUGCGAGUGGGUCUUUCUUUUGGAACAUCUGCUUUCCUCUGGGGCCUGCUCUUCAAGCAGCACAGCACAUAUAUGCACGAGUACAAAGUGAGGAAUGGCCUGGUAUAAACCACCACAUUGGAGGUCACUGGGUCCUGUCUUUAGGAUGCACCUGUCUGUGUGUCUGUUUCUAUUUCCACUGUUCUUGAUCCCUCACUCAACUUCUGUGUAAAAUAAAAAUGUAUCAUGUGAAAUA